CGGUGUCCGCUCUGCCCCUGCACCGCUGGGGCGCAGCUCGCCGCCGGCUGUCGGGGCGCGGAAGGAGGUAGGGGCCGCCGCACCCCCGGGGCAGCCCGGCGGCCGCACCAAGGUUUAGCUUCUGCACGGCUCAGGGGCUGCGAAGGUAUUCCAGCAGCUGCAGAUCUUUUAUUCCUACAAGUUAUGUCAACAACUACAUUAAUUAAUUUGGUACGGAAUGGAGGGUAUCAAGUAAGAAGGAGAGCUGUGCUGACAUCCCGCCUCUUGCAAGACGAGAAGCGUCCAACAACUGCCUGCUACAGCUCCACCUCUGAGCAUCGUGCUUCCCGCUUCGAUUCAGAUGGGAGCGGGCGACCUACCACAUGGGAUACCUUUGGCAUCUGGGACAAUCGCAUUGAUGAACCUAUUCUCCUCCCACCAAGCAUAAAGUAUGGGAAACCAAUUCCAAAAGUAAGCCUGGCCAAUGUGGGUUGCAGUAGCCAUAUUGGGAAACGCAAGGAAAAUGAAGACCGGUUUCAUUAUGCCGAGCUGACAAAGGAUGUCCUGUACUUUGCAGUAUAUGAUGGACAUGGUGGGGCAGCAGCAGCUGAUUUCUGUGAUAAGUACAUGGAAAAAUAUAUGAAAGAAUUUCUUGCCGAGGAGGAGAACUUGGAAAAUGUUCUGAACAAAGCUUUUCUAGAAAUAAACAAAGCAUAUGAAAGGCAUGCUCAUCUGUCUCCUGACGCAACUCUGAUGAACUCUGGGACCACUGCAACAGUGGCUCUGCUCCGGGAUGGUAUUGAGCUAGUUGUGGCAAGUGUGGGAGACAGUCGUGCUUUGCUGUGUCGAAAGGGGAAGGCCAUGAAACUCACCACUGACCAUACUCCAGAAAGAAAAGAAGAGAAGGAAAGGAUUAGGAAGUGUGGUGGCUUCAUUACCUGGAACAGCGUGGGACAACCUCAUGUGAAUGGUAGACUUGCAAUGACACGGAGCAUAGGAGAUUUGGAUCUUAAAAACAGUGGUGUGAUAGCCCAGCCAGAAACAAAAAGGGUUCAGUUGCAGCAUGCCGAUGACAGCUUCCUGGUCCUCACUACAGAUGGUAUUAACUUCAUGGUGAACAGUCAGGAGAUCUGUGACUUCAUUAGCCAGUGCCAUGAUCCCACUGAAGCUGCCCACGUUGUUACUGAGCAGGCAAUACAGUUUGGCACUGAAGACAACAGCACAGUUGUCAUAGUGCCGUUUGGAGCGUGGGGGAAGUACAAAAAUGGUGAGAUCAACUUUUCCUUCAGCCGCAGUUUUGCUUCCAGCGGGAGGUGGGCAUGAAGACCUGCCACAGCUAUCUUUUCCUGCCAUUAAUUUGGGCACAGUGUGCUACAGGAGAAAACACCCAUCUGUUCAUAGGCUGACUCAGCGUCUUGUCCAUCUCUUCUGCUUUCAGUGCUAUAGAAGAUGCUACUGUUUUGAUGGUGCGUAAUGACCCAUUGUUGCUUAUGGGUGAUCACAUUUUGCUGCGGUUAUUUAUUCCAGUUGGCAUUGAGGCAGCUAUUUCUUUGGGUCUGUAGUCCCAGUAGCUCUGCACAUCACUUUGUUUGCAUAGAUGAGGCUCUGGGCUUUCACCUAAGGCUGAAGGUGCACAAUUGUUUCAUACCUACUUGUACUACCCAGGACCCUACGUUAUCAUGUAGCUGUGUAUGCCUGAGUCUGAGCCACAUGCUGGCUUCUUUGUACAUUAAUACUUGGGGGAACAAACGCACAAUGUUCUUAGAUAGACAAAAAUCAGGUUUGUUGUCUUCCUCUGUUGUGCAGCCACUCAAAACUCCCCUGUACUUCAGAAGUGGGUGAAAAAUAAGGGAGAGAUGUUUAGGUUCUGAUGCCAGUGGCAUUUGGUGUAGCUGAACUUUCUGAGUGCUGCUUUGCAGGGCUUUAUUACUCUCGUCAUCAUCAUCCACGAUCCUCUGGCUCCAAGGAGACGGAGCAGGCUGGAGUCACAUGCUGUUGCACAGAUGGGAACGUUUCUUCAUUGGGUCCAAAGCCUGUAUGGUCUCUGUGGACCACACAGCAGCCCCUUGCACUGUCUUCUCUUUGGUGUGCCAGCGCUUGACAGGAGCACAGAGGAGGGAAUAGGCUGCACGUUUUUGAUAGCCAGAGUCUCUCAUUAACUUGAACUUUUGUUUUUGUUUUUUUUUUUUUUCCCAUCAAGAAAACCGACUGAUUUCAAAGUAUUUAGUAAUCAUGGUUCUUUGGAUGUGCAAGAAGAGAUUAUUUCAUAAAUAUAUGAGGAUUUCUUGCCCUCCACUGAAGGUUCUUUCUGUUAGUCGUGAUCUCCUGUGUCUCUUCAUGGUAUACAGGAGGCUGUAAAACGCUCAGAGCAAGUAAGCUAGAGAAAGGAGAGUAUUAUAACAACAUAAGGUAAUUUUUCUAAGUUUUGGGUAUUGUUUCUACUAUGUGUCAGAUAUUCAAAAACUAGAAAGUAGUUUUAAACUUAAAGGAAGUGUUUCUACUUCCCUCUCUGGUGGGAGUCUGUGUCCAGUGAGACAUGGCAGGGGCAGCACUCUGAGCCAGCUUGUAUUGCUGCUGUGGCACAGACUGCAGGUGAUAUGUUGGCAGCAAGUGAAGAUCUGCUUCAGUGUGCCUCAUUCAGAUCUCCUUCCUCUGCUCCACAUCAGGCAUGCAGCUCCUCUGGCCUUCGAGUCACCCUGUUGCAAUGCAAUAUGAGCUCUUCUCAGGCUUGUCCCAGUAUUUUUCAUUCUAUCUAUGGAUGUUUCCAACUGCACAGUUGUAAAAAACAACAAAACAAAAAAGUGAAAGAGAAGUGGCCUGAUAGAAAUAACCUUGCAGUAAGGAAAAAUAUUUGAGAGGCCUGGCCUGAUUCUUGUUUUCCAGUGUGAAAUAAGUGUCUUCAUUACUUUCAGCCCUUUUAUUUUAGCCCAAGAUACAGCCUAGGCAGUCAUUCCAUGUAUUUUUCCUUGCCUCUGGCAGAAGGCCCAGGGGCACCCAGCAGAGCAGUGUUGUACUCACAGGAGUAAGUACCAGUGUUUAGAGAGUAUGCUGGUUUUGUCACAUCACUUGGUGUAUACAAUGCGUGUGUUUGGUUUAUAAGUACAAAGAGCUUGUGAGCUGGUAUAUGUAAAUUGGAUGCUGUUGCCUGGGCCUCUGUAGCAAGAACAUUGCUGUUUAUAAUAAUCAUAGAAUCACGGAAUAAUUGGGGUUGGAAAGGACAUAAAGAUCAUCUAGUUCCAGCCCCCCUGCCAUGGGCAGGGACACUUCACACUAAAUCAUGUCACCCAAGGCUCUGUCCAACCUGGCCUUGAACACCUUUCUCCACAGAUUUUUCCCCAGGGCUGGGGUUAGUUGAAGAUGUCCCUGCUCAUUGCAGAGGGGUUGGACUAGAUGACCUUUGAAGGUCCCUUCCAACCCAAACCAUUCUAUGAUUCACCUGAGAUCAGAAUGUUUGCUGGGUACAGUGAUGGGCUCAGCCUUGCUUACUUGAGGCAGAGGGGCACUUUCAGUAGUUACCAGCCAAAGCAGGUUUUCUUGGUCUGCGGAAAGUCUGCCACAACCCUUUUGUGGCAAAAAUGGCAAAACAUAGCUGAAAAGCCUUUCUCCUGCCAAAGAUGUGGCCUGCUAAAACAGCGAGUCCAACAGGUUGUAGCAAAGGGUUAACCACAGCACAAAGCAACCUUACUCCGGGAACAGAGAAGGGUUGGAGUCAAGCUCUGGAGAUGGAGUUCCUGUGGGAGUGGCUUUGGUGUCAAGUGUUAGGCUUGAGUGGUGCUGAAGGGAUUUUGGACAAGCUCCAUGGACACUGUCCUAUUCCAAAUGCUGUUCAUUUCUGUUCCCUGGAUAGCCAUCUAUCCAGACAGAAAAUAGCAGGGGUGCUGGGGGUGUUUGUGACAAGCACUGAUUUUUUUUGGAGCGCUGCUGGAUACUUGCCACGCUGGAGACAUGUUAUUAAAUGUCAUUAGUGAAAAACACUGCAAAUGAAGAGCAGGUGCUCUGAGCAAUGAGCUAGCAGUUAGAGCAGCUUCUACACAUUGAUCCACAUUUAAUGUGAAAUGAGCUGUUUCUUUCAUCGAAGGUUUGGGGUGCUUUUUGUUUUGUCCCUAUCUGGUUGCCUGAUUGCAAAGAGAACAAAGUGGUUGGAGGCUUUUAUUUCUUCUAAGAGAGUAGUUAUCCUCUCAGAGGAAGGAUCCAUCCAUAACUUUGCAAAAUAGAAGAUGUUGGAACUAGAUGAUCUUAAGAUCCUUUCCAGUCAUAACCAUUCUAUGAUUCUACGAUUAGAUAAAGAUAUAUUGGUGAUUGCUAUUACUGUCUUUAUACAAUCACAGAAAAACUUGGAUUGGAAAGGACGUGUGGGUAUCAUCUAGCUUUGCCUUCUGCUCAAAGCAGGUCUAACUUUAGCAUUGCCUAUUGCAGUGAAGGGAUGUCUCCCAGUAUGGAAAUGGCAGUGCCUGAAAAAGGAUAUGACAGAAUUCAGCGUGCAGUGCAGUUUACCUAUGGAACCAUCUGACUGUACUGAAUUUGAACACCAGUAUUUAACAGGCACUUUGUGGAGGUACCAAGAAAUUCCAUGAAUAAAUCAGCUCAUAAAUAAAACUAAGAUAUGAGCCAUUUUGCUCUAAGCUUAAGUGAAUAAUAAUAUUGACAGGGUUUUCUUCUAGCUAGUCAAUAAGCCUCCUGCUGCCUAUAGCAGCUCUGCAACUAACUAGCUUUACACCUCAGGGACCAGCAUAGUUCUCUUGCCUAGCAGAGAGCUCCUUUCAACUUUUCUGAGGGCAAAGAGCAAAAUAUCCUAACAGCAGCAGCUGCCUAUCAGGGUUUUUACUGAAGGAUCAUUAGAGGUCUCUUGCACUUGAAUGAAACAAACCAGACUCUCAGUUUCCACUCUAGGUCCCUGUCUUGCUCUUGCAUCUGUUGUUUUCACAAAAGGAAUGGCACUUUUUAUUACAGACUGAACACUAAGGGUGACCUACUGAGCAAACCGUAACGAGUGUUUGCCCCUUUUCCUACCUUUCAGGGAUGGAUUCUGAACUCCACUGGAUCUGGUAAGAGUAUUUUCUUGCCUGAAGAGUGGUAUCUCUCUAGGUACAGGCACUGCAGCAGGGUGGGCUGUGGGUGCAGAAAGGAUGCUUCCACAGGGUCAGGGCAUCAGAUCACCUUUUCUGUCCCAGGUGGGUGUACUGUGGUCAAAGGCAUUGGGGUUUCUAGCUAAGGGAAAAGCACAAAACAGCAGAUAUCAGUAAAACUGGUUUAAUAUCAUUUUUUUCUUGAAUAAAUUCAGUUGGGCACUGCUGGUCCCAUUUGGUCACUUUCACAACAAGCUAAAUGUAUGGCAUAGUAACACUCUGGGUAUUGGCUCCGAAGCUGCUGUUCUCAAUGCAGAGAAUACCCAGUGAGUGUCUUCUUGACCCAGGAUAUGGAGUGCUUGGGCAGCAGCAUGUGUCAACUUUCUACAGACUUAAGUGCAAUUGCAUACAUUUGUUACAUAGUUAGCCUUAGGACUGUGUAUAAUUCUUGUGGUUUGAUGUUUAUGUUUGGUGUAAUCAGUAUCUAUAAUUCAUCUACUUAAUUUUAUAGAGGUGUCCAAUUUGCCUCUUUCUUAUUAAUGUUUGUUCAUCUUCAUCAACUCAAAGCCACAGUGGAGCAAGUAAGUCUGUACUGGAAAGAACGCUUAAAGGAUCUUUUAAUAAAGAAUUGGCUUCUUGACUUGUGUCACUA